CUCCAGAAGUUUCAGCAGAAGGCUCUGAAGCAAACUAAGCAGAAGAAAUCCAAGUCGGCUGAAUUUCUGAUGGUUAAAGAAGAUAGAGAAGUUAUGGAAGGCAUUGGAAAUCCAGCUUUUAACAUGAGCAGCCCAGAUCUCUUAGCACAUCAGACUUCAGACAAGAGCGUUAUUAGACAUGACAUGCCGGAUCACACCCUUGCAGCUCACCAACAAAAAUUCGGGCUGCUGGCCUCUGCUGAACCAAAAGGAAAUGAAUACAGCAGAAAUUACUUUGACCCACUGAUGGAUGAGGAAAUAAACCCAAGGCAGUGUGGGAUGGAGGUCAGCAGAGAGGAUGAGAGCUUCAAGGAGAUGGAUUCUGAAGAGGCAGUGGGUUCCAGAAAGAGACCUGAACCCCAUAAAGAGGGCAGCAAAGCCACCCCUGCCUACAGUGAGGCGUCUGAAAGAUAUGUUCAGAGAAGAGUAAUUCUGCUUGGAAAUUCUUCCUCGGAACAGGAUUUGAAAUUUGAAGGGGAAGGACUCAAUCAGUACAUUCCUAUGUCCGAUUUAAAGACUGACAAAACAUUUGAGAACAGAGUGCCAAGUCAACCAUUAAUUGCAGACCUAAACGACUGUAGAGAAGACAGCGCAGGCAAGCUCUGCACCCUCCCAGAAGUAACUCAUGAAUCAAAGGGAGCAGCAGGACCUUGCUGGAAGGUUGAGCAGGGUCAGGCACCUCAGCGUCUUCAAAUACAGAUAAAAUGCGUAAGGGGCCUCAAGAACAAGACUCCCCAAGGCUCUUACCUCCUCAGAGUGUCCUUGCUUGGUCGACCAAGUGGCUGUGUCUUGCAGUGGAGGCAAACAGAGCAGCUGAAGACCAGAACCCACCCAAUGAGGCAUGAUGGAAACUUUUAUGAUGUGGGGCUAUACUUCCAUGAAAGCCUUUAUGUGGUACUCCCUCCUAAGAAAGAUGUGAAACCUGGCAUGGCUUUCUUGUUUGAACUCUGUCUCCUUCGUGGUAGACAUGUUUCUUUUGAAUGCGUUAUGGGCUGGGCAGCCUUCCCUUUGUGUGAUAACAACUUUGAUGUAGUGGAGGGAAAAUUCAAGUGUCCCCUUCUCCGGGGACAUUAUGACCAGACACUUGACAACUUCAAGAAAAUGGAAGAUUUGAUUUGCCUGGACUUGGACCACUGGCUGUGCAAUCUCUACUUUCAGGUUAUUAAACUUCCUCUGUAUUUGGAUGAUCAAAAAACCUAUGAAAGACAAACUCCGCUUCCCCCUGAAUUUCCAGUUUCUUUAAUGGCUGAAGCACAGAAAGCAGAACCAGGCGUGGAGAACACGCCUGGCCUUUCAGAGAGACCAACAGAGGAAACCAUUUGUGCGUCAUUGGAUGAUAAAGCUAAAUCCUCCCUACGCUCUUCUCAGGGAAGCAUUUCUAAUAAAGUUGGUCCCUGCCCUAUGGACUGUGAUCUCGAUCUCUUAAAAGAAGACCAUGAAUUACACAAGAAGUUCACACAUAAAGGCAGAAGUUUGAUUGAUCACUCAGUGGGGGAAAACUCAGCUGUGUGGAGAACUAAAGAAAUUGAGGAUUACUCAGAGGAUGCAUCUUACUUGGAGGAACUGGAGAAACACAGAUUUUCAGUUUGCUCUUCUUCAGUGGCUGGUGGUACUGGAUCUGGAGGAUUCUUCAAGCAUCUCCAUUUUGUGAGGGUGUCAGUGUUUUCAGAACUUCAGUUAGCUCAGUGGCGAAGCCAGGGCUUCUGGUACAUCAUCCUGCUGAUGGCUUCCCUCUGGUUCCUGAGGCUCUACCUGCAUUACCUUGGCCAGUGGCUUCUCCUUCAGGCCAUUUCAACUCCUGUUACAAAAUUCCACUUUUCCCCUUUCACCGUUGAGCUUUGCUACCCAACCUCCUCCCUUCAAAUUGCAGAAGAGUUGCUUGUGGUUGUGGUGGGACCUUUAGGUCUGAAUGCAGUGAUACUUCCUUUGGUUCUGAUCAGAUGGGGUUGUCAGCUACUGUUUGCCUCCUGCCCUGACGUCUUGUCAAAGUUAAUCAUCACCAUGGGCCUAUGGACAAUUCUGGACCCGUUGGCAGUGUUUAUAGUGGAUACUGUCCUGGGGAGGCUUAUGCAUAAUGGGGACACUCCCAUAGCUGAUGCAGCAAAGCUGUACUGGGUGUUUGUAAGAACCAUGGAAUCGGGAGUUCUCGGUAUAAUGCUCACCGUGUUAAUUUACGUGUUGCUGUUCAUCAUUUCUUCUUUGAUUUUAUAUUUGUAUUGUCUCAGAUUGCACAGUGAUUCUUGGAUAUUAGAUGCAUUUCAGCGCAUCCACAGUGAAGAAGCCAUGUUUUUCAUGCCGUAUGAUUUGGAGAUCUCCAAUCAGGAGCUCAGCUACAUAGUGAAAAGGUCUGAGCAAUGGAGAGGAAUCCAUGGUGAAAGGAAGAAGGUGGCAGUGUGCGAUUAUAUCUGGGAAAACCAUGGCGUCAAGUCCAGAAUCUCCAGCUGUGACCUCCAACAGCAAAAUAAAAUUUCUGUGUCUGCGCUUGGUCCAGGAGAUGUUACUUCUCAUGUGUCUAUAUGUACCAUUUAUCCCAGUGGGUUCCAAGAGCUAUACCGCCAUUUUCUCCGACUCCCCAGUGGUGCCAUUGUUGAGAUGUUUGGUGAUAUCAGUGGCCUAAGGUUUAUCCCCACUGAAAUGGUCAUGGCGAUUCAGGAGCAGAUGAGUGAACUGGACAAGUAUACCAGAAGACUCCUUUGA